AUGGAAUUGACAGCACGUGUGAUGUCUGGGCAAGUGAAAGUGAGCCAGGCUACGACAGGAAAUCAUCCGUGCAGAGAUAAAGUUUAUGUUAAAGCUACAGAGGAGCGUGUUUGCCACGUGAACACACCCUUAACUUAUCUUGGUAAGAAUGUAUAUAAGAUUAAAAAGAUCAUUUUGAAGUCCUGGAUCUACCACUCUUUGGCUAAUGGAGAGCUGGGUAAUGACGCUUCUAAUAGGAUUGAACAAAAACGUGCUCAUCAGUGGUCUAUGGAUACAUCUGAGCAAGAGCUAUACAGCAACAAGAAGCAAGCAGUAGAAUCUGCUUACGACAAACCUGCUUCAGGAGCUGCAAACAUGAACAUAUCCCUGUUGGGCAACACUUCCAGUUCUCAGUCAGGUCAGAUAGGCAACUGCCUAUUUCGGCCUAAGCCUAUCAGGAUUUCAAAUUUUGCAGAUAAGAAUGUUUCCCUCAUGGGGGUUCUGAAUGUGGGGAAGAAGGGUUCGGAAGGUCAGGUAGAAAUUGAUUCGUCCAUUUGUUUACCAGGGUCUCGUGAUGAGGAAGGUCUCUUGUGUCUAAGCAUUGGAGGUAGAAACCAGAUCGUUUCAGAUAAUCACGUGUCUGAAUUUGUAGGGAAACCCUCUAACCCUAGAGACAAGAAUAAAAUUAUUAGCUCCAUCAUUCACGGGACGAGUAAUGAUUUGUCACUUGGACCAACUUAUAAUACCGAUGAUGGAAGUGCCAUUUUAGUGAAUUUAACUGCAUUCGGUAAGAUAGAUAAAAACUUCCUUUCACUGGGACAGGUCUCCAACAAGGGAGAUGACAGUUUCAUUCUACCGUGUUAUCUAGAUGACGGGAUAGAUAAUAAUCUUCCGUCCAUUGGACAACCCUUCGACAAAAAGUUUGGCAACUUUAUUCCAACUGGGGAGGGGUUUGAAAAGGGAAAUGACAAUCUAAUGCCAAUCGAUCCUAAUUACUAUGGGAGCAAUGAAACUUUCGUUUCUAUGGACAAUUUCUACAAUAAAGUAAAUGACGCUUAUAUGUCAGCAGGUCCUACUUAUGAUAAUGGGAGAAUAGAUACUGCAUCAAUCACUUCAAUUCAAGGUCAGCAGGAUGCUACUGUUGCAUCACUAGGAACUGUUUACAGUAAAGGAAAUUCCAGUUUCCUAUCAAUGGGCCAAAGCCAUAAUAAGGGGAAUGGCACCACUAUACCUUUUGGAGGCUUUCAUGAUAAUCCAUCAGCAAGCUAUCCCUCUUUCAGGCUCCUAAGCAAGCAGAGGACAGGGAGUGGCCCCAAGAAUAAGAAGAAGACAACUGAAAAGCUCCCUUCAAACAACUUCCCCUCAAACGUUAAAACUUUGUUGUCAACUGGUAUAUUUGAAGGAGUUCCCGUGAAGUACAUUUCGUGGUCUGGGGAGAAAAAUCUUAAAGGAGCGGUAAAAGGGACUGGUUAUUUGUGUGGUUGCAAGGAGUGCAAGCUUUCCAAAGUUAUUAAUGCUUAUGAGUUUGAGAAACAUGCUGGUUGCAAGACCAAACACCCGAAUAAUCACAUUUACUUUGAGAAUGGGAAGAGCAUUUAUGCUGUUGUCCAAGAACUGAAGAGCACCCCUGGGGACAUGCUAUUUGCGACAAUAGAAAAUGUGUUUGGAUCUCUUGUAAACCAGAAAAAUUUGCAUACUUGGAAAGAUUCGUAUCAAUCUGCAAACCUUGAAAUUCAGCGAAUUAAUGGGAAGGAUGAACCGGACAUGCAUCCUAAAUAA